AUGAAGCAAUUCAUCGCAAUCCUUGUGCUUCUGUCAGUGGCCAUCUCUUCAGUUUCGGCCGACUACGUCUAUGCCAACUGUAUGAUGGUACCAACCACUCCUGCCAACAUUACUGGAGGUUUCCAAAUCGCUUACACUCCAGAGGACCAGACAUACACCUUUGGUUACACCAUCUACAACAUCCCAAGCAAGGCAUCUUAUGGAGUCGUUCUCCGCGAGUUGGGUGAUAUCACUACUUCCUCCUCCGCUGGUGGUAUUGUUGGCGCCAUGGUUGAUUCCUGUCCAGGCGGUCAAAUCACCAACCUCACCAGUGAUCUUGCUUCACUUGGUUUCUACGCUGUUGUCAAUGCCAGCCAGUACAUCGUCCACAACGGUCCAAACUCCUUUGUUGGAAGAGCCCUCACCAUCCUCGACUCGCACGCUUGUGAUCCACAGGCCAACAUUGUUGCCCACUGUGUCAUUGGUAUUGCUAACCCAAUCACCACUUUGAUUCCAAAGAUGAACACCACCGGUGCCAACCUUGCCUCAUUCAAGAGCUCAAUGACCAAUGCUGCCGUUGCUGUUCUCUACCCAACCACUGCCGUCUCCGCCGUCCCCGUCUCUGGUUUCAUGUACUUCCAGGUCAACACUGAUGGUAUCACCACCAAUGUCACCUUCUCUGCCGCCAUCACCGGAUUGGACAACACCACCGCCCACGGAGUGCACAUCCACGCCUUUGGUGAUUUGAUGUGGAGAAACGGAACCUCUGUAGGAGGUCACUGGAAGAAUGCCGCUCUCAACCAGACCCACGGUCUGCCACCCGCAUCUAACCGUGAGCUCGGUGAUCUGGGCAACAUCUGUGUCUUUGACAACGUCAACAACGUUGCUUACUACCAGUACACCACCAGUUACUCUGGCACCCCCGGCUCUGAGGUCAACUUCAUUGGUCGUUCCAUCGUCGUCCAUGGCAUCCGUGACUCUGGCAAUGCCACCGCAUUGGGACCACGUCUUGCCCAGGGUGUGAUUGGUAUCACCACCAACGCAAUUCCCAAGGCCCUUCCAAAGGAUAUCAGCUUCGCCACCGAGCCAGUCUGCACUCCAGCUGGCACAACCACCACCACCACCACCGGUACUACCUCCACUACUGGUACCACUGGCACCACUGGCACCACCACUGGCACUACUGCUGCCUCUACCACUACCUCGACCACUACCAGCCGCCCAACCACCACCACCACUACCGGUCCAAACAGCUCCUCGAUCGUUGCUCCAGCUUUCACCAUUGUCAUUGCCCUCAUUGCCAUGCUGCUCCUUUAA